AACAACAUUUGUUCAUAUAAUCAUAAUACCAACAAACACAACAAUAACAAAACUAAAAAAUGAAAACAUAUAAUUAAGUUUGGCCACUUGAAAAAUAUUUAAAACAUUUUUAUUUUUUGUUUUUUAUAUAUUGGAUGAAGCUAAAGUGAGAGAGUGUUUUUGUCAAUUUUUAAAAAAAUUUUCUAAAACGUCGACAAUAGCGACGGCAGCUACGACGACAACAACGAGAACAUUAUGUCAGCAAAAAUAUUUAUUCUCAGUAAUAAAAUGUUCGUGUUUCGAACUGGAACUUCAGUGUGUGCGUCGUAAUAAUCUAGUAAAUUAGAACAUUUAAUAAAAAAAGAAAUACUAAGUGAUCAAGUCACAAAAAAAAUAAAAUUAAAAUUAAUUAAAAUACAGUGGAUAGUGCAUUACAAAAAAAUAAAUAUAACAAAAAAAAUUAAAGCAAUAUUAUCUACUUCCAUCACUUUUUAUUGAUCUCAGCAACUGAUCUUUACAAUACAAAAAGCUCACGAAUGGACAACACUUAACCGAAAAUAUUUUGGGUAACAUCAUAUUACGUAACAGCGAAUACUUUGAAGGAAGUAACUCAAGCACCAUUUUGUGUAAGUCGCUUUAAUGUACACAUGUAAUACUUUAAAAACUACAACACAAUUAUCGAAAUAGUCAACACAAAGAAUUUGGAGAAUAAAAGUAGAAGUUCAUUUUUGUUUUACGUACGUAACGUAAAGUCGUACAUUCCGUUGGAUUUAUUUAUUUAUUCCUAUUGUUGUAUUGUAUAACAAAAAUAAUGACAAUAUGACUAGAAUAGGAGAAGCGGUUGCACAGAAUGAUAUGACAGAAGUUGAUGCAAAAUAUGGCAAAAAAUUGGCAUAUGAACGCAAUUUUAAGGCACCCUUAUGGCGUAAACGUUCCUGCACAGAUGUACCUUGUUUAUUAUUAUUUUUAGCCUUCCUGGGAGCUUGGGUUUUCAUUGCCACCUACGCUUGGCGCAAUGGUGAUUUAAAUAAACUUGUUGUACCCACCGAUUCGUUUAAUAAGAAAUGUGGCAUAGAUUCCGGAGUUUUGAAUAGAAAAUAUUUAUUUUUCUUCAAUCUCGACAAAUGCAUAGAUCCGCUAGUACCUAUAACGGGUUGCCCUACGCCACAGGUGUGCGUGGAACAAUGUCCACAGCAGACUUUCAUUUGGGAUACCAUGAAAAAUCAACUUUCAUUGGAGGAGUUGAAAGCUAGACUAAUUUGCCUAACCGAUAACGACAAGUUUAAUAUAAACAGCAAGGAGGAUGCUCAAAAGGCCAUAAAUGAGGAACGUUGUGCCAGGUGGUAUAUAAAAAGUGCACCCUUCUUAAAUCGUUGUAUGUGGGAAUUUUCACCACAGGUUUGUGAGUAUAUACCGGCUUUCCUGUUGCAACGCAACCAAAGAGAUCUAACGGGUCUUCAGACGAACGUAAUUGCUACACAAAGUGAACAACAAUUACAAGCAUUAGCAUUAACCAUGUUUCCCGAAGCCCAGGCUCUUAUGGCGAUAAAACCAGCCACAGCUAUAGAUGCCAAACUUGCCCCAGCCGAAGAGCCUGUUGUGCAAUGUCGCAGACGUCAGCAAUUGGGUGAGACUGUUAUUAAAGAGAAAAUGUUACAAACCGAUACCAGACUGGCGAAAUUCAUUGGCAACAUUGUUGCUCAUUUCACUAAUGGCACCCACGAGGCUCAACGUGUAGGCGAAAAUGUUGUAGAGGAUAUUCUAAAUUCGUAUAUUGUGAUAUUAACGGCGAUGUUAUGCACUUUGAUAGCUUCGUUAAUAUUCAUUGCGCUUAUGCGCUGGCUGGCAGCACCCUUCUUGUGGACUUCCAUAUUUGGCGUACUAAUUGGUCUUGUAGUGGGCAUUUAUUUCAGCAUUAAUAAAUAUAUAUUUUAUCACCGUGAAGCUACUGUGCCACAACAUGCUCUGAAUUUGAAUGCAGUGGUGAAAAAUAUUUUACAGGACGAACGUUUGUGGCUGUAUUUGAGUAUAUUUUUAUGUUUAUUCUUUGUCAUCUUGCUGCUGUUGUUAAUCGUUUUGCGCAAUCGCAUUAGCAUUGCAGUAGCUCUAAUCAAAGAGGGCAGUAAAGCUGUAUCAAGUGUCAAAUCGACUGUUUUCUUUCCUAUAUUUACCUGGAUACUGUUCAUUGUAGCGAUACUGUAUGCGGUGGGUGUUGGUCUAUAUUUGGGUUCAAUUGGUAAUAAUUCAUUUAGAAUGAUUAGACAGCUAGAUCCUAACAGUGUUACGGGUGUCACCCAAGAGAAUUGUAAAUGUGAUGGUCCCGCCGUUAAUUACACAAUAGGAGCAAGUUGUGAACCACAAAUAUUUCAAGAUCAUUGUUACAAUGCUGAUAUUUCUUUAGUGGGCUUCUUUCAACAAUCCCAAAGAUCUCCCUGCACUAAAACAAUGUGUAGUUUUGUGGAAGUUAAACAUACACCAUUGGUCACUUGGUUUAUUGUUUACAAUGUCUUUGGUUAUUUAUGGUUGACAUUCUUUAUCAGUGCUUUUAGUGACAUGGUUUUAGCCUGUACAUUUGCCACCUGGUAUUGGACGUUUAAGAAAAAAGAUGUACCCUUCUUUACCCUAACUAAAGCCAUUUUCCAGACUUCCUUCUAUCAUUUGGGCACUUUGGCUUUUGGUUCACUUAUACUGGCUAUAUGUCGCAUGAUACGUCUGAUAUUGGAGUAUAUUGAUCGGAAGAUGAAAAAAUAUGAUAAUGCUCUUACACGAGCCAUACUCUGUUGUAUGCGCUGUUUCUUUUGGUUACUGGAAUCAUUUUUGCGUUUCUUAAGCAAAAAUGCCUAUAUCAUGUGCGCCAUUCAUGGUAAAAAUUUCUGCACUAGUGCCAAAGACGCUUUCAAUUUAACCAUGCGCAAUUUUUUGCGUGUCGUUACUUUGGAUAAGGUGACCGAUUUUCUAUUCUUUAUGUCGAAACUCUUAAUAACGGGAGGAGCAGGCGUUGCUACUUAUUUCUUUUUACUAAAUAACCCGUCCAUUAUACAACUACAUUAUAUAGCCGUGCCCACCGCCAUUGUAGCCAUAUGUGCUUUUCUCAUAACGAGUGUAUUCUUUAGUGUAUAUUCCAUGGCUGUGGAUACAUUAUUUUUGUGCUUCCUUGAAGAUAUCGAAAGAAACGAUGGUACUCCAGAAAAACCAUACUAUAUGUCUAAACAACUUAUGAAAAUAUUGGGUAAACGCAAUAAACUACCAAAAAGAGCACCAUAAAACGGGUUACAAACCC